AUGCAGAACACGAUCGUCGUCCCCGCGUACAGGGAGAACGGGAACCUGCGCCCGCUCGUGACGCGCAUCUUCGCCGCGCUCUCGCAGCCGGGCUCGCCCGCGGACGCGCGCGCGACGGAGGUGAUCAUCGUCGACGACAACUCGCGGGACGGCUCGGUCGAGACCGUCGACGGGCUCCGGCGCGAGGGCUACAACGUGCGCAUCAUCGUGCGCACGACCGAGCGCGGGCUGAGCAGCGCCGUCGUCCGCGGCUUCCGCGAGGCGAGGGGCGACAAUAUGUUGUGUAUGGACGCGGAUCUGCAGCACCCUCCUGAAUAUGUCCCGGCAAUGCUGUCGGCCCUCUCGCCAACGAAGGAGUUCGUUCUCGGCACGCGGUACGCCAAGGGCGUCCAGAUCGACGAGGGCUGGCCGCUCUACCGUCGUGUCAUCUCCAACGGCGCGCGGAUGCUCGCGCUGCCCUUAACCGCCGCCAGCGACCCCAUGUCCGGCUUCUUCGGUCUCCGUCGCGAAAGGUUCCUCAAGGGGCGCAACCUGAACGCGGACGGCUUCAAGAUCGCGCUCGACAUCCUCGUCAAGUGCAGCGUGCCGAGCAGCGCGAUCGCGGAGGUGCCCUUCUCGUUCGGCGUCCGCGCCGAGGGCGAGUCGAAGCUGACGGGCAAGGUCAUGGUUCGCUACCUCGAGCAGCUCGCGGAGCUCUACUGGUGGCAGUACCCGAUGCUCGUCGUCCUCGGCGGCAUCGCCGCGGUCGUCGUCUUCAUCAUGAUGCUCCAGACCGCGCUCAACUGGAUCACCGCAUAG